AUCACAACUUUAAAGAGUUUGAACCUCCACCACAACAAUAUUGAAGAUGAAGGUGUUGAAUUUAUAUCCGAUUUGAAAUUAGAGAGCUUGGGAUUGUGUAGAUGUGCACUGACAAGCAAGUCAACAUCUUUUCUGUGUAAAAUUACUAGUUUGAAAAAACUUGAUUUAUCAGAAAAUAUUAUUAACGAUGAAUGUGGCUUUUAUUUGUCCAUGUUGACAGAUUUGGAAGAGUUGGAUUUGCACGAUAAUUCCAUAGAAGGGAAAUGCUUUAAAGAAUUCUCAAGUUUGAAAAAGUUGAAAACUUUAAAAUUAUGUCAGAACAGAAUUUCACAAGAAGAGGCCAUGAUAUAUUUAUCUCAAACAGUAUCACUCAAAAGCUUAAAUCUUUCCCAAAAUAAUAUUGGCCAAUCAAGUAUUCAUCUUUCCAAUCUAACUAAUCUCAAAGAACUUGAAUUGAAUUUGUGUAAAAUUACAAAAGGAGGUCUUUCCUUUUUUUCCAAUUUAAAAAAGUUGGAGAUUUUGAAAAUAAGUCAAAAUAGUCUUGGAUAUGACGAUUUUGAAGAACUUUCUCAUUUGGUUAGAUUGAGAAUUCUUUCAAUCUUUGGAUGUGGAUUAGAAAAAAAUUCCACCAAUUUUAUUGGAAACAUCAAAACACUUAGAAACUUGGAAAUGUUUAGUAAUAACAUAUACGAUGCUGGCCUUGCUUCCCUUUCGGGUUUAGUAAAUCUACAAAUACUAAAAUUAGAUUCCACUAGAAUUACCGAUACUGGAAUACAACAUUUAUCACAAAUGAAAGAAUUAGAAAUUCUCAGGUUGAAUUCAAAUUCACUCGGAAAUGAAACUUUA